UAGGAGAUUACAUGAGCAGAAAAAAAGAUCCAUUGCUUGGAGUAGCCCCAACUUCAUUCUCCAUGAAUCGUAUUGAUCCCUGGUCUGUUUGAUCAGGCACGUCCCUGGCCGUGUGGCUCACCUGCCCUUUGUGUAUUUAGGACAGUGAAGGGGGGAGGUUAGGAGGAAUGCUGGUAAGCACCCUGGGGAAAUCUUUUUAUUGUGAAAGAACAAAGUUUCAUUUCUAGCUUCAUCUCUUGGGUAGAUUGAUUUCCCCAAGCUGGCCUUCGCAACACAGUAAGUUGGGUGAACAUUAAUCCUUCGGACUGGAUUUGAUUUCUGAGUCUUCGGUUAAUUCACUGCUCCUGAGCAGGCCAUUCCCCGGCCCCGCUCUCAGUCUCCUGGGGGGGUAAAGAGUGGUCUAGUUCCCCCGCUCUUCCAGACCCUCUGGGCAGUAGGCUCCCUCAAACCGGAAAAUGCCCUAGCACAGAACGCCAGGUAUUGUGCCUCCUUUCAGGGGUCCGCAGAACUGAAGUCUUCCCACCACCCGGAGGAAGUGACCUCAAAGCUUCCAGCUGAUUUUCUCUGUUCUGUAAUCAGAGAGGAGUGUGACUUUGGCAAUCUCUUUUCCAUGGGUCUAAGCCGGUUCGUCUGUUAAAUGGGAACACUAAUUCCUACCUCAUAGGCAGGUUGAAAGGCUUAACUGGGAAACAGGUGUAAAGGGCUUCAGGAGUUGUACAGAAUCGUUAUUAGGGUCGCUUUAACCACUAGCAGGCGAGGGAGCACGCUCAACGGUGCGGCUUGCCCUCCCACACCGGCGUCGCGGUUGGAACCGAGGCAGUCUUCUCGCUCUCCAACCCCUAGGGACCCCUGCACCCGGAAGGGCCCGGGGAUGAGACCCGCGGGAGAGGCCUGACCCGGGAGUGGGCGUGUCGGGGAAGGCUUGGGGGUGGUCUUCGCAGGAGGCAGGGGCGGAGCCCCACGAGGCCCAGAGGCGGGGCGUCGGCUCCGGGUCUGCGGCUUCUCAGGGGCGGGGUUGCUGCCGAGCACCCACGCGGGCAGUGCCCGAGCUGGAGCCUGGCUUUGUUCUGGUUGCUGCCUCGACACCCUCCGGCGUCUGGGUCCGUACUGUCGCCUCCCAGCUCCCUCCUCCCGCCCAUCCCCCUGUGUCUGGGCCUGCAUCCCCUUUCCUAACCGCUCCAUCCCAGAUCCUGCCCUCAGCCCUCCGCAAACUCCUGGCCAGCGCCCUUGCCUGGUACCCCUCUCUCCAUCCCUCCCUCCUGCAUCUUCUCCCCCGCGACCUCCUCUCGGGUCCCUCUCUCCCAGGGUGCGGGUCGCUUCGCUCAGCCCCGCCCCUCCAGACCAGGGAUGUCCCCAGCAGCCCCGCUCCGAUGGUCCUGACGCUGCUCCUUUCUGCCUACAAGCUGUGCCGCUUCUUCGCCAUGUCAGGCCCACGGCCCGGAGCCGACCGGCUAGCAGUGCCGGGGCCGGACGGGGGUGGCGGCGCGGGUCCCUGGUGGGCCGCGGGCGGCCGCGGGCCCCGCGAGGUGUCGCCCGGGGUGGGCACCGAGGUGCAGGGCGCCCUGGAGCGCGCGCUGCCCGAGCUGCAGCAGGCGCUGUCCGCGCUGAAGCAGGCGGGUGGUGCGCGGGCCGUGGGUGCUGGCCUGGCCGAGGUCUUCCAGCUGGUAGAGGAGGCCUGGCUGCUGCCGGCCGUAGGCCGCGAGGUAGCCCAGGGUUUGUGCGACGCUAUCCGCCUGGACGGCGGCCUUGACCUGCUGUUGCGGCUGCUGCAGGCGACGGAGCUGGAGACGCGAGUGCAGGCCGCGCGCCUGCUGGAGCAGAUCCUGGUGGCUGAGAAUCGGGACCGGGUGGCGCGCAUCGGGCUGGGCGUCAUCCUGAAUCUGGCAAAGGAGCGUGAGCCCGUGGAGCUGGCGCGGAGUGUGGCAGGCAUUUUGGAGCACAUGUUCAAGCACUCGGAGGAGACGUGCCAGCAGCUGGUGGCGGCCGGCGGCCUGGACGCGGUGCUGUACUGGUGCCGCCGUACCGACCCAGCGCUGCUCCGCCACUGUGCGCUGGCGCUGGCCAACUGCGCGAUGCACGGGGGCCAGGCGGCCCAGCGGCGCAUGGUGGAGAAGCGCGCUGCCGAGUGGCUCUUCCCGCUCGCCUUCUCCAAAGAGGACGAGCUGCUGAGGUUGCACGCCUGCCUCGCAGUGGCGGUGCUGGCCACCAACAAGGAAGUGGAGCGCGAAGUGGAGCGCUCCGGCACGCUGGCGCUCGUGGAGCCACUCGUGGCCUCGUUGGAUCCCGGCCGUUUUGCCCGCUGCCUGGUGGAUGCUAGCGACACAAGCCAGGGCCGCGGGCCCGACGACCUGCAGCGCCUAGUGCCGCUGCUAGAUUCCUCGCGCUUGGAGGCGCAGUGCAUUGGGGCUUUCUAUCUGUGCGCCGAAGCUGCCAUCAAGAGUCUGCAGGGCAAGACCAAGGUAUUCAGCGACAUCGGUGCCAUCCAGAGCCUGAAACGCCUGGUUUCCUACUCCACCAAUGGCACCACGUCAGCGCUGGCCAAGCGCGCGCUGCGCCUGCUGGGCGAGGAGGUGCCGCGGCCCAUCCUGCCCUGCGUGCCCAGCUGGAAGGAGGCCGAGGUCCAGACGUGGCUGCAGCAGAUCGGCUUCUCCCAGUACUGCGAACCUUUCCGGGAGCAGCAGAUAGAUGGCGACCUGCUUCUGCGGCUCACGGAAGAGGAACUGCAAACCGACCUGGGCAUGAAAUCGGGCAUCACCCGCAAGAGAUUCUUUAGGGAGCUCACGGAGCUCAAGACCUUCGCCAACUAUGCUACCUGCGACCGCAGCAACCUGGCUGACUGGCUGGGCAGCCUGGACCCACGCUUCCGCCAGUACACGUAUGGCCUGGUCAGCUGCGGCCUGGACCGCUCUCUGCUGCACCGCGUGUCAGAGCAGCAGCUCCUAGAGGACUGCGGCGUCCGCCUGGGCGUGCACCGCACGCGCAUCAUCACGGCCGCUAGAGAAAUGCUACACUCCCCGCUGCCCUGCACUGUCUGCAAGCCGAGUGGGGACAUUCCGGAUGUCUUCAUCAGCUACCGCCGGAACUCAGGCUCCCAGCUGGCCAGCCUCCUGAAGGUGCACCUGCAGCUGCAUGGCUUCAGUGUCUUCAUCGAUGUGGAGAAACUGGAAGCGGGCAAGUUUGAGGACAAGCUCAUCCAGAGUGUCAUGGGCGCCCGCAACUUCGUGCUGGUGCUGUCGGCCGGGGCGCUAGACAAGUGCAUGCAGGACCAUGACUGCAAGGACUGGGUGCACAAGGAGAUCGUGACCGCUUUGAGCUGCGGCAAGAACAUCGUGCCCGUCAUCGACGGCUUCGAGUGGCCUGAGCCCCAGGCCCUGCCAGAGGACAUGCAGGCCGUGCUCACCUUCAACGGCAUCAAGUGGUCCCACGAGUACCAGGAGGCCACCAUCGAGAAGAUCAUCCGCUUCCUGCAGGGCCGCUCCUCCCGGGACUCGUCUGCAGGCUCUGACACCAGUUUGGAGGGUGCUGCGCCCAUGGGCCCAACUUAGCCAGCCCCUAGUUCCCAGUCCUGCUGUGACCCCCAUUUCCAUUCUCUCCCUAGAAGGAGCAGCCCCUCACACCAGGCUCCCUGGGCCGAGACAGCCUGGGCCCUUCUCAGGAAAUGGCUGUCCCUCUCCCAGACCCUCACCAGCCACCUCAAACCCAGCUUCCUCAGUAUCUGGACAGGGAAGGGAAGCUAGGCUUCGCAGGUGGUAAGGGUUAGACUGCCCCUAAGCCCUGCCACACGGUUCUCUGUCUCGGGCGUGGGAGGGUCACUGUCAGUUCUGGAGACACUGAAGAGCGAGGGUUCGCUGCACACCACUACCCCCUGUCCCGCCCUGACGUUAGCCAGCUUCGGUAGGGGCGCAGCAGGCAGCCUCUGACAGGAAUGAAGGCAAUGCCCAGCCCUCUCGGCCAAGCAAGGGUCUGGGCCUGGGAACCAGCGGGGAUGAGAGCCCAGUGACAGCCCCCCACCUAGACUGUGCCCAUCCCUUGGCUCACAACUUCCUGCCACCCAGGGGCCUUGCCUGCAAUCACUCAGUGCACUUAGCCAGCCCUGGCCUGGUCCCAAGUGCCCUCCCAGCCUUCCUGAGUACAGCCUCUUUUGCCAUAUCCAGGGUCAGGGCUGGGCUGAGCUGGCCCUCCCUCUGGCUGGUUUGCAGCUGUGGCUGGGUUUGCAGCCCUCCCUGGUGCAUGGGAGCUCCUGCUUGGGUCCGGGCAGGAGGUACCAUGCCUCUAAGGGCUGCUAGCCGCCCUACCCAUGCCUUGGUGCUGUGCCUCCAGCUCCCUCCCCACCUGUCCCGGCUGGCUUCCCAGCCCCCGCCAGCAGUAGCCUGGGCGGAACCCACAGCUCCUUGGAAGAGGCAAUGUCCUGAAGAAGGGCAGGGGGUGCAUUCAAAUCACCUGGGAAUUUUGUUAAAAUUCCAUUCAGGAGACCUGGGGUGGGACCUGAAUUUCCACAUUUCUCAGAUCCCCAGGUGAGCCAGUGCUGGUGGUCAAAAAAGGACACUUUACGUAGCAAGGCUCUGAAAUACAAAUCCCUCACACAGCUCCAGCGUGGCCCCAGCCCCCCACUCCAUGGUCUCUGUAAUAAUCAUCAGAGCAACCCUGCCCAGUAUCAUC